CGCGCGGAGCCGCUUUUAAGCCGUCGACGUGGCCCGGGGGAGCGCGUGACAGGGCUCCUAUUGGAAAACAGCAAACGGGCUCUUCGUGCUAAUGUGUUUUUCCAGCAGCCCCAUCAUCCUCCUACAAUUGCCGGCGCCGAUGUCUCUUCCCCAAAGUUCCUCGCUCCCAUCUGCCUGUCGAGCAACGAGCAAGGCAAACCGCCCGAGGGGGGCCGAUGGCCUAUCCGCCGAAUCAUGUCGAUGAGCCCAAAGCAUACGACUCCUUUCUCAGUGUCUGACAUCUUGAGCCCCUUGGAGGAAAGCUACAAGAAAGUGGCCAUGGAGGGGAGUAACCUGGGGGCGCCGCUGGCAGCCGCGUACAGGCAGUCUCAGGUGGCGCAGCCGACCAUGCAGCAGCACCCCAUGGGCCACAACGGGACGGUCACCGCCGCCUACCACAUGACAGCCGCCGGCGUCCCCCAGCUCUCGCACACCGCCAUGGGGGGCUACUGCAACGGCAACAUGGGUGACCUCCCUCCUUACCAGGACACCAUGAGGAACAGCGCUUCCGCCACCGGCUGGUACGGGGCCAACCCGGAUCCCCGCUUCUCCACAAUCUCACGCUUCAUGGGCCCGUCCUCGGGGAUGAACAUGGGCGGCAUGGGGAGCCUGAGCUCACUGGGCGACGUGGGCAAGAGUAUGGCCCCUCUGCAGAGCACCCCCCGCCGGAAGCGCCGCGUCCUCUUCUCGCAGGCCCAGGUGUACGAGCUGGAGCGGCGCUUCAAGCAGCAGAAGUACCUCUCGGCGCCCGAGCGGGAGCAUCUGGCCAGCAUGAUCCACCUGACGCCCACCCAGGUCAAGAUCUGGUUCCAGAACCACCGCUACAAGAUGAAGCGGCAGGCCAAGGACAAAGCGGCCCAGCAGCAGAUGCAGCAGGAGGGCGCCUCUUGCCAGCAGCAGCAGCAGCAGCAGUCGCCCCGCCGGGUGGCCGUGCCCGUCCUGGUCAAGGAUGGCAAGCCGUGCCAAGCGGGCUCCAACACGCCCACGGCGCUCCAGGGCCACCAUCAGCAACAGGCGGCGGCGGCGGCGGCCACUGCCAUCACCGUGGCCUCCAACGGCGCCAGCCUGGGACAGCAUCAGAGCCACCAAGCCAGCAGCGCGGGGCAGUCGCCAGACCUGGGGCAACACGCGGGCAGCAGCCCCUCGUCCCUCCAGAGCCAGGUGUCCGCCCUCUCUCACCUGAACUCCUCCAGCUCUGACUAUGGGACGGCCAUGUCUUGCUCCACCUUGCUCUAUGGGAGGACCUGGUGAGCAGGAGCGCCAGGUUUAGUUUCUCCCCGAGCGCAUCCACAGGCGCCCGGCCCGGCCCGACCCGGCCCUGCUCAACCCUUUCCUUCCCUCCCCACUCCCACACCGUCCCUUCCCGACUUCACCCCCGCCUCUCCCAUUGUUCUCUCUUUUUUUUUCAUGUUGGUUGCUUUCUCAGAGACAAGGGGAGGGCGGGGGAUCCUUGUGACAAACAGACAAACAAAUAGAGAGAAAAAGACUGCUAAGGAGUGGACUGGCUCUCGAUGAAGGUCCUAAACGUAGAUAACUCGCUGGAGAAGUUGGCGGCCCAGGAAAAUCCGUUCAUAGGACCACGUACCCGCGGCCUGACGUGGAACUCCACUGGACGCUUGUAUGUACAUUUAAAAAAAAAACCACACACGUUGGGGAGAGGGGGUGGGUUUUUCUCCCUCCCAAACCGUCAGAGUCCUCCCCCCCUCCAACACACACGCACGCACGCACGCACGCACGCACGCACAGAUCAUGCCCCCUCUGAACCCAGACCGUGGAGGGAAGCCCUGAGUUCUAGGAUUAUUAUUUUAUUAUUCUACCACGGCUUAGUAUUCCCUUUCUCCUACACUUACGUUGGAUGUGAACCUGUAGCUGUAUAACGCUGUCAAGAACGUCGGAUAAGCCCACGUUUUUUAGUUGCCUGAAUAUUUUGUUUAUAUAUCUAUAUAUUCAUCAUUUUGCUGAUUUUAUAUACAUAUAUUCAACAAAAUGAUGAAUAUAUAUAUAAAUAUUUUUACACAAACGCGCGCGCGCACGCACACACCCACGCACACACCAAACAAAUCAAAACUUUUUUAAAGGGAAAAAAAUCCACUUUUUAAAAAUGGAUGUUCACAGAUCCGUGAAAUUCAGUUUGUUCGCUCUUGGUUUUUUUCUUUCUUUUCCCUGUUACUUAUGUAGAUAUAUUUGGCUUUAAAUAUACAGUACUUCCUAAGAAACUUCUAAUAAAUUAUAAAGAUCACAGA